UUCAGUCUCGUUUUGCGUUUCAAGCUAAUUGGAUUAAGUUAGAGUUUAAGAUGAAGUUUUUAAUAAUUUUGGCAUUAUUUACUGCCAUUGUACUCACUCAUCCUGUUGAAGAAUUCAGCCAGGAUCAAGAGAUGGCAGAACCACUUUUAUUUGUGGCUGAUUUAGAUUUUAAUAAUUUGGAUUACGAAAAUGUUGAAAGUGGACGACAGAAGCGUCAGUUUGAUGGAUUCCCUAAUCACUUUUUCCAUGGACAAUUUAAUGGACAAAACAGCAUAUAUCCAACAGAAAUUGGAUUUUCUGGACAACAACGUGCUGGAUUCUCUGGACAACAAGGAGCUGGAUUUUCUGGACAAAAUGUUGGAAUUAGCACCGGGAAUCAAGGACACAGUGGAAGAGGUCAUUAUAGCGGAAAAUAAUCGAUCAGCACACAAAGAAAUAUUUAUUGUUUUAUGGGUCAUGUACGAGAUUUAAUCAAAUCUAUGAUUUUGUAACUUUUGACUCAAUUUUCAUUCUGCGAGC